AUGUUGGGCCCCGUGUUGGUGUUUGUUUUGUGCCGUUUUGGCUACGCUGCCGGGUAUAAUGUGAGUUAUUUCGCGGGAGCCGGCCCUUCGGAGCGUUUUUCGGCGAGUUGCGUGGCCGAAGAGCUGGAGAGGUACUCCGGGAUCGACUGGAUUUACCCCUUGGGGAUAGCCGGGGAACGGGGGUUACCAACACUCGUUAAUAAAUAUAUUCCGAAGAUAGAGAACGAUUUUAAUUGCCAAUUCGCCGAAAAUAGCCACUGCAAUUCGAUAUGGGCGCUGAGAGAUUGGCAAAUCGAUCGCUCCUCGCCGAAAACCAAAGAAUUCAUCGCCGAUAUUCGGUGGGAAGAUUUACCGACGAUUUUGAUAUCAAAUAAAACUAAGGAAUUUGGAGAUAAAAUAGAAGUAGAAAAAGUGCACAAAACGGCUUUUUCUGUUAGAGCUGAUGGUGAGGUGGAAAUUAUCAUUUCAUCCGGACCCGAUCCUUACAGUUACCCCUGUUAUUACCUCAACGUGGGACAUAGGGAGAUUUAUUUGAAGAAAUACGACGCCUUACCGAAAUCAAUAGGACUAGAUUACAAAAACAAUUACGUGGAUAAUUAUAAGACUUACUCGAAUAUUUUAACUCCAAAUCAAUGGAGGAGUUUCUCAUUAAACUCGAAUUCCGAUAACGGAAGAAUCGAAUUGAUCGAUGUUAAUCUCAAUCGAACCCUGAUCGAUACAAUCGAUAAGAAUCCAGUCUUUUCAUCGCAUUUGUUCAUGCGGAGCGCCAAUUCCAGCCUAUGGAAAUUCCACCAAAAUAGCUUUUUGUUCACAAACACCACGCAAAUCUCGAGACUGGGUCCGCAGUUGUUCCUGCCAUACAAGGAUCUCUGCGUUUCGCUGCUGGUGAAAACUUGCAGCGACUGCCAAAUGACUUUCUUCUAUGUGAAUACAACCAGAAAAAUUCUGAAGACUGUUGGGCCGAUUAAGAACAACGAAUGGGCCGAAGUGAAGCUCAAGGAAGAAAACGCCCAAUACAAAAAAUUGAACAUUUUCGUGGAAACGAAACGUUUGCACUCGAAUUCGAACGAAUCUGGUUAUUGGGCCAUCGAUAACGUUCGAGUUUGCCACGAAAAUGAAGUGAAAGUUUCCUAUCUAACAUUAGAUGUUUCUGGCCAGAAUAUUACUCACGAUAACGUGACUUGUCAGCUGAUUAAAGACCCCGUUUGGAGACCGAAGAUGUUUGUUUAUGACCAACAAGAAGUUUCUCCAAAAAUCACCAGUAGAAGUACGGAUAAUUCAAUUUUACUGAGAUUUCCCGAUUUGAACGAAACCAAUUCGUUAAGUCUCUACGUUUUCUAUCAAGCGAAUGAUCGCUGUACCACUUCACCCUUCGACAUGAAUCGACUGAAAUCCAAUGGUCUCGCCCGUACAAAAUCGAACCAAUUAUUACUGACCGAUUUAAUACCUUACACACUGUACAAUAUAACAAUCUCGAGCGUGGUACAAGACAAAGACUUCCACACAAUCAUGAAAACCUUAGAAACAGCGGAACCGACUUUGGGAGAACUGCCGUUUCCCAUUCAACUGAAAGCCUCCGAUACCUCCAUUCGCGUCUCGUGGGACCCCGUCUCCUGCUCCAAAAUGCGCGGUCGAUUGGUCUACACCUUGAUAGUCUCGAACGCCACGUUGAACUUCUCCAAAAAAAUCUCCCUCCAAACGGACACCAGCUACGAUAUCGAGGGGCUGCGACCGUACACCCAUUACUCGUUGAACAUUCUAACAGCCAGGAACGCCAGGCACCUCUACAACGGCGAGCUCACCACCAAUUACACGAUGGAAUUCACCACUAUGCCCGGAGUGGCUCCUCCGCCGGAAAAUCUGGAAAUCUACUCGCUGGAUGAACACUCGGCCUCGCUGAGGUACGACCUGCCGGCGAACACCAACGGCGUGACGAGGCAAGUGCAGGUCAUACGAUGCAACAGCCUCUCGUCCAGCAAGUGCAAGCCCGCCAUGUCAGUGGUGAAGCGCUGCAGCCUGUGGCCCAAGAAGUACUGCGUCGAGGCGGGGCCCCUGAUACCCGGUCAAUCGUACAAGUUCCGCGUCAGCUUGAGGAACCUCAACACUCCCGCCUACGGGGACGAGAGCGUCGUGCAAGGAACAGCCGCCCAAAGAGUUCCAGGUGCACCUACUAACGUUACCUACAAAGUGGCUGAAUGUCCGAAGGAGAAGGAUUAUUGCAAUGUGGACGUCUCUUGGCUGCAUCCUUUCAUUCAGAACGGUACCAUUAAUUCGUUCGAAAUUGUAUUAAACGGUACUGAUACUAAGGAAAGAAAGGAAAUUCACGAGGUUAUCAAUGAUACAUAUUUUUACGAAUAUACCCAUCAGAUCAAAAAUUUGCCGUACAGCGAGCUCUUCGAUUUGAAGGUACGAUCGGUCAAUGAAGCGUUCAAGAGCGAUUUCGCCCAUUUGCGAUUUAAAAUGGACGAUUUGGGAAACCACAUAAACCAGAGCCUCGAAUUAGUGGGCAGCGGGCCAUCGACGUUGCAAUUUAAAGUACCGAAUGUGGAUAAACGCUUGGAGUAUUACACUCUAACAGUGGUGGUGCAGGAUUACGAUAAAUCUAUUAAAAUCGAUGAGGAUAUAUUGGAAAAUGGGAAAAUCGUCGAUCAUCUGUGCCAUAUGUACGGUCGUACGUGGGUGUCCCAAGUUGUAAAGGUUGAAAAGAAGGACGCUGGGAAAAUAAUAACGAUCGGAAACGCGGAGAAAGAAAGACUAGAAGCGGGCGAUAAAUAUUGCAUCGUUUUUAUCAUCACGAAUAAAUACAGGGGAUCCGAACACGAUGUGGUUUACUACGAAAAAUUACGAACAAAGGAAGCCCGAGGACCGCCUAAAGAAUCGACUUCUGGCGGUUCCUCCAAUCACCUGUACAUGCUGCUGUUCGUUCUUCUCGCGAUUCCAAUAGGUUUUGUCAUCUUUAGGUAUUUGCGCAAGAAAAGGAUAUUGAAAGAGUCGAUGCGAAUUAACGAGCACCGAACUUACGAAACGUUGCCUUGCGAGGAAAUAGGCCUUAUUAAUACAGAUAGAGCGAACGGAAGAUUGACGAAUAACAAAUGAGCUUGCGUCUGAUUAUGCAUAAUAUACCACUAACUCGAGUACUUAUUCCUAUCUGUGAUAACUAGCACCAUAGAUAUAAUAUAACGUUAAUAUUAGGUUUAUGAUUGUACUAACGUGCCUUUCGAGCAAGUUUAUACCAUUUACAUACAUACAUACACUUUUACAUUCCUG